AUGAUCUUGCAUCAGAUAGAGGCUCUCAAGGCUAUUGGAGUGAAUGAAGUAGUCCUAGCUAUCAAUUAUCAGCCAGAGGUAAUGCUGAACUUCUUGAAAGACUUUGAGGAGAAAAUUGGGAUCAAGAUUACGUGCUCACAAGAGACUGAGCCACUCGGAACUGCAGGUCCCCUCGCUUUGGCUAGGGAUAAACUGAGAGAUAUUUCUGGUGAGCCCUUUUUCGUUCUCAACAGCGAUGUUAUCAGUGAAUACCCACUCAAACAGAUGAUUGAAUUCCAUAAAUCCCAUGGAGGUGAGGCUUCCAUAAUGGUAACCAAGGUGGACGAGCCUUCAAAAUAUGGCGUCGUUGUUAUGGAAGAAUCAACUGGACAAGUGGAGAGGUUUGUUGAGAAGCCAAAAUUAUUUGUCGGUAACAAGAUCAAUGCUGGCAUUUACUUGCUGAAUCCUUCGGUUCUUGAUCGUAUUGAAUUACGCCCCACAUCCAUUGAGAAAGAGGUGUUCCCGAAUAUUGCAAGAGAUAAGAAGCUCUAUGCAAUGGUCCUGCCUGGGUUUUGGAUGGACAUUGGACAACCAAGGGAUUACAUCACUGGACUGAGACUUUACUUGGACUCCUUGAAGAAGAGAUCUUCUCCUAAGUUGGCCUCUGGACCUCAUAUUAUUGGAAAUGUUCUGGUGGACGAGAGUGCCAAAAUUGGGGAGGGAUGCUUGAUUGGACCAGACGUUGCAAUUGGGCCAGGUUGUGUCAUUGAAUCAGGUGUUCGGCUCUCUCGAUGCACAGUAAUGCGUGGUGUUCGCAUCAAGAAACACGCUUGCAUUUCGAGUAGCAUCAUCGGCUGGCACUCGACUGUUGGGCAGUGGGCUCGUGUGGAGAACAUGACUAUCCUUGGAGAAGAUGUUCAUGUUGGCGAUGAAAUUUACAGCAAUGGAGGCGUGGUUUUGCCUCACAAGGAGAUCAAAUCUAGCAUUUUGAAGCCAGAGAUUGUAAUGUGA